GAGGAGGCGAGGCCCUGGAGGCGGGGACAGCGUGGGGUCUGCUGGAGUAACGCGCAGCAAGAUGGCGGCCGAGACGGUGGAGCUCCACAAGCUGAAGAGCACUUCUUAAACUUUUGGAGGUCACAGAUAUCUUUGAAACUCUGAUGAAAGCUUGCUGAACUAAAGCAAGAAUGUCUUGCUCGUGGUUUAGAGACCAAGGGAAUAAAACAAGAUCUUAUCAAUAGGCUCCAGGCAUAUCUUGAAGAACAUGGUGAUUGAUAUAAGGUCUAAAUUAACCUCAAGAAAACUUUUAGAGAUGGCCAUAGAGGUUCAGGCCUCUAAUCCUUGCCCUUGGGAGGCAGAGGUAGAAGGAUCACCUCAAGUUCAAGGCCAAUCUGAUUUACAAACUGAAGAGGAAGCAAAUGAAGAAGAUGUACUGGGAGAUGAAACUGAGGAAGAAGAACCAAAGCCCAUAGAGUUGCCUGUUAAAGAAGAAGAACCUCCUGAAAAAGCUGUUGAUAUGGCAUCAGAAAAGAAGGUGGUAAAAAUUACAUCUGGAAUACCUCAGACUGAAAGAAUGCAGAAAAGGGCUGAACGAUUCAAUGUACCUGUAAGCUUGGAGAGCAAGAAGGCUGCUCGGGCAGCUCGGUUUGGAAUUUCUUCAGUUCCAACAAAAGGUCUGUCAUCUGACACCAAGCCUUUGGUUAACCUGGAUAAACUGAAGGAAAGAGCACAGAGAUUUGGUUUGAAUGUCUCUUCCAUCUCUAGAAAGUCUGAAGAUGAUGAGAAGCUGAAAAAAAGGAAGGAGAGAUUUGGGAUUGUGACAAGUUCAGCUGGAACUGGAACCACAGAGGAUACAGAGGCAAAGAAAAGGAAAAGAGCAGAACGUUUUGGGAUUGCAUAAUGAAAAGUUCAUGCUCUCUGCCCCAUCGUGGUUUCCAUUUCUCAAAUUCUUCUUGGGUUUAUACACACACACACUCACACGCACACCCGUGCGCGCACACAUGCACACACAGUUGUCUGCCUCACAGUGAGGAAGCCUGUACCCUAGGUACAUCCUUGAAUUCCAAUAGCAGUUUGAUUUCAUUGCUGCUCUACAUUUAAGGUUGUUGUGGGUUUUUUGUUUUGUUUUGUUUUUAAUUAUUUUGCUUAUUAAUAAAAGAAGAAAGAAAAGAAAA